GUACAUAUCUUUGCUUUCACCGGUGUAGUGUGAUUUUGUUUUUCACACUAAUUGUGUAGGAUGUCUCAAAGCGAAAUAAAACUUUGUAAAUUAAUUAUACGGGAAAAUUUUGCAGAGACUUCUGAAAAGGUUGCUACAAUCCUUUUAGAAUCAGGGCCUUGUCCGUUGAAGUUACUUGCUAUUUACACAAAUUUAAAACUCGAUCAGGUAAAAAGAAUUCUGGCUGUUCUCAUUACACACCACAUAGUAAAGUUCAACGUGAACAAGAAAGGUCUAAUUGAGUAUAACAUUAGCAUUAAAAUAAUUUUAUCUCGAGUACGCUUCCCUAUUUAUAUCUGCACUUCAAAAACCCUUUAUGGAGAUGCGGCUGAACUCUUGGUUGAAGAACUUCUGCAGAGAGGUGAAGCUACCAUGGAAACUGUUGUCAACAAAGUAACGGAACGGCUAAAUGAAGCAUUGGAGGCCUCAGGUCAUCCAAAAAUUUCAUCAACUUUAGUAAAAGAUAAAUUUGUAAGCCUUGUUCAAACACACUUCAUUCAGCGAUGUUUGACACCAAUGAGGGAUAGCGGAGGUCGUGUUAUCUCCCUUGGUACACCUGAAGACCCUGACAUUUGCCAUGUAAUUCCAGUUAAUACCCAAAGAAGGAGAUCAGAUAGUCCUCCAUCUGCUAAAGCAAUGAAGAUCUCUGAGAACAACACUGAUACAGUUUACUGGAAAGUUGACUUUGACCGUUUCCAUCAACAUUUCCGUGACCAAGCCAUCAUUUCUGCUAUGCUGAACAAAAUUGAUAAGAAAGCUUCUGAAAUAAUCCGCACCAUGCUUCGGAUUAGUGAGACUAACACUACUGCUGAUUCCCUUAUUACCACACCAAUCUCCAUUAAUGAGAUAUUCAUCAAUCUUCCUAAGGAACUUGAAAUUACAAAACCCAUCCUUGAGCAGUACCUCUCUGUCAUGUGUGAUGAUUCCCAGUUUGUGUUCAAAGCUGCAGAAGCUGGCGGAGGAAUGUAUGAAAUAAAUAUUUAUAAAUCUCUGACAGAACUCUGUAAAAGUCAUAUUGAAUCAGUUGUUCAAGAAAGGUUUGGCUCUAAAAGUCUUCGGAUAUUCAGGAUACUCUUACUGAAACAACAUCUGGAACAAAAACAGAUUGAAGAAUAUGCCAUGAUUCCUGCCAAAGAAGUCAAAGAAAUUAUGUAUAAUAUGUUUGCUGAUGGUUUUCUAUUUGUCACUGAAGUUUCCAAAGCGCCUGAUCAUGCACCAUCCCGAACAUUUUUCUUGUUUCGAGUUGAAAUCACACGAGUAGCAAGGAUGUUACUGAAGCGCUGUUACCAGGCUAUAGGCAAUGCCAUGCUAAGGAGGGAACACGAAGUGAAGGAACACAGGCGACUUCUUGAUAAACAGCAAAGAGUUGAAGCAAUUAUUGCAUCCCUUGACCAAAGUGUUGAUGAAUCUCAAAAAGUGGAAGUGGAACAAACUAUCACUCCAGCUGAACGAAACCAACUUGCCAAAGUAAAACAGGAUAUAAACAGAUUGGACCAGUGCGAGAUUCAGUUGGAUUCCACUAUGUUUCUAUUGGAAAACUACUUACAUUACAGCAAAAUAAAUAGCCAGUUGAGCUGAAAGUAUCUUUUAAUAAAUUUAUGUACAAAGCAUUUUUUAUAAAUUAUGAAAGGAGCAGUGUGAUGUUGAUGACGACGACGACAAACUUUUGAUAAAUAAAAAUUUUAUAUAUAAAAAUAUAA